AUGGGCCGAGCUCCACCCCACAUCCUCCUUAGCGGGCGGGCCCCGGGCAGGCCAUGUGUGUGUGAGCUCCGGCCUGCUGUACUGUACACAGGACGCCGAUCAGGUGCUGCACAUCUCCCUCCACAGCCGCUGACUUCCUGCCCGGAUCAGCAGACAUGGCGAGUCCCUGUGUGGUGCUUGCUGACGAUGAGCAAGGAUAUGACCUUGACCUGUUCUGUAUUCCAAAGCACUAUGCAGCUGAUCUUGAGAAGGACUGAACGGUUAGCUCGGGACAUCAUGAAAGAUAUGGGAGGUCAUCAUAUAGUUGCACUUUGUGUCUUGAAAGGCGGGUACAAGUUUUUCGCUGAUCUACUUGACUAUAUCAAGGCACUGAAUCGAAACAGUGACCGGUCAAUCCCUAUGACUGUAGACUUUAUCAGGCUGAAAAGUUACUGUAAUGAUCAAUCUACGGGUGACAUAAAAGUUAUAGGAGGAGAUGAUCUUUCCACAUUGACAGGCAAGAAUGUUUUAAUCGUUGAGGAUAUUAUUGAUACAGGAAAGACCAUGAAGACUUUACUUGCUAUGCUACAGAAAUACAAUCCCAAGAUGGUCAAAGUAGCCAGCUUGCUUGUUAAAAGAACUCCCAGGAGUGUCGGAUAUAGACCUGAUUUUGUAGGAUUUGAAGUGCCAGACAAGUUUGUUGUGGGCUAUGCUCUAGACUACAAUGAAUAUUUUAGAGAUUUGAAUCAUAUCUGUGUGAUUAGCGAAGAUGGAAAGGAGAAGUAUAAGGCAUAA